AUGGAUCAAGCAAUUGCCAUGCUCGAAAAGCAGACUCACAUUGGGCAGAGCCGCGCGUUUGAGCGCCAGUUAAGCCUAAGCAAAUUCGACUAUAUUCGCUCUAUCGCAGUUCAUCGUUAUCUGUUAUUGCUGAAGCAGAACAUGUCAUCCAAAAUGGAAAGCUCUUUAUCGGUCGUUUCGAGCAUGAUGCCAUCAAACAAUGGUGCAAAUGACCACAGAGCUAGAAAGCUCCGCGAGUGGGCCAAAUUCUACAUUGAAAACCAAGCGUUGCCUGCUUCACAUCAGGGAUGUCAUGUUAAGACAAAGUCCUUGGUCAACGAUGAAGACGUUCAAAAUCAUUGUCUAACGUGGCUGCAAUCGCAGACGUCAGACUCCAUUAGUGGAACAACAUUAUCGCAUUGGGUUCGAACACAAUUGCAUAUUAACUUGGAGCUCAGGGAUGUAGUUGAUAUUCGAGAGCGAACUGCUCAAAGAUGGAUUUGA